CCGGGCCGCCCGCGGGGAGCAUGGGCAGCUCGGCCUCCUCGCUGGCCGCGGAGCCCGAGUCGGACCACGGCUUCCCCAGCCCGCCGUACCCCGGGCCCCCGGCGGCAGGCUGGUACAGGAGCGGGCACGGGGGGCCCCUGUGGGGGGGCAUCCUCGGGACCCGGCAGCACCCGCCCUUCCAGCCCAGGGCACGCAGCCACAGCCACUCGCCGGGUUCUAUGGCCGCGGCCCGGGAGUGGUCCUGUGCCCGCUGCACUUUCCUGAACCCGGUGGGCCAGCGCCAGUGCUCCAUCUGCGAGGCCCCCCGGCAGAAGCCCGACCUCAACCACAUCCUACGGCUCAGCGUGGAGGAGCAGAAAUGGCCCUGUGCCCGCUGCACCUUCCGGAACUUCCUGGGCAAGGGGGCCUGUGAGGUGUGCGGCUUCACUCCAGACCCGGCACCCGGGGCCUGCCCGUUGCCGGCCAUCAACGGCCUCCUGCCCAAGCCGCCCGCCGUCCUGGCCGAGCCCAAGGCGGGCGGGAGGGAGGCGGGGCCCGGCGGGGAGCCCCCCGGCCAGGGACCCCCGGGGACAGAGGCGGCCGGCGGUUGGACCUGCCCACGCUGCACCCUCCACAACACUCCUGCGGCCAACUCCUGCUCGGCCUGCGGGGGGCCCCGCCGGCUCUCGCUGCCCAAGAUCCCCCCGGAGGCCCUGGUGGUCCCCGAGGUCAUCGCCCCCGCCGGCUUCCAGGUCGCCCCCAGCCCCCCACCGCCCCCCACCCCCGGCCAGCCCUCCGAGCCCACUGAACCCUCCGAGCCCCCGCCCGGUGGACGGGCCCCGGCCCCUGCCGAGCCCGAGGGACCCAAGACGCCCGGCCCCUUCGGCCCCUUCUCCCCUGCCCCGCAGAACAACCCCAUCCCCCGCAGCCGGCGGGAGGUGCCCCCGCAGCUGCAGUCGGCGGUGCCCGAGGCCCCGGCAGCCCCCGGCCCCAAGGGGUCCCCCCAGGGGCAGGGCCGGGCGCCCCCCGCCGCCCGCUUCCAGGAGCUUCUGGGCACCAAGCGGCUGAGCGUGCUGGAGGAGGAGGCGGUGGGGGCAGCAGACCCCGGCCCGGCGGGAUCCAAGAAGGGCGGCUCGGGCGCCUGGCCCACGGCCCCAAGUGAGGCCUGCGGCGCCCCGCCGGGUGGCGACAUCAUCGACCUGACGGGGGACGCAGUCCGCUUCACCCCCGCCAGCCCCUCCAGCCCCGACUUUACCACCUGGCCCUGCGCCAAGUGCACACUCAAGAACCCCACCGCGGCCCAGCGGUGCCAGGCGUGCGGCUCGUCCAAGCUGCACGGCUUCCAGGAGCACUCGGGGACCCCGCCCGCCGAGCCGGCCCCCCGCUGCCCGGACUGCAAUGCCGACAAGACCCCCGGGGGCGGGGGCGGCUGCUGCUGCGGGGGGAGGGCUCGGGAGGCCGCCCGCCUCUUCCCCUGCCUGCCUCCGCCCGCCGAGCGGCCCAGCCAGUGGUCCUGCCCGGCCUGCACCCUGCUGAACGAGGCCAAGGCGAAGCACUGUGCGGCCUGCCACACCCCGCAGCUCUACCUGGCUCAACGCAAGGGCGGCAAGCCUCUGAAAAGGCGGGAGAGCAUGCACGUGGAGAAGCGGCGCCUGACGGAUGAGGGCGAGGCCAAGGCCCUGUGGGAGAACAUCGUCCUCUUCUGCCGGGAGAACAAAGUGAAUUUCGUGGACGAUAGCUUCCCCCCUGGACCCGAGUCCGUGGGCUUUCCGGAAGGGGACAGCGUCCAGCUUAGGGUGCGGCAGUGGCUCCGUCCCCACGAGAUCAACUGCGCCAUCUUCAAGGACCAGGGGGAGGACUGGUCGGUGUUCCGGACGCUGCGGCCCUCCGACAUCCUACAAGGGCUUUUGGGAAACUGCUGGUUCCUGAGCGCCCUAGCCGUGCUGGCGGAGCGGCCCGAGCUGGUGGAGCGGGUGAUGGUCACCCGGGGCCUGUGCCCGGAAGGGGCCUACCAGGUGCGGCUGUGCAAAGAUGGCACGUGGACCACGGUGCUGGUGGAUGACAUGCUGCCUUGCGACGACUGCGGCUUCCUCCUCUUCUCCCAGGCCCAGCGGAAGCAGCUGUGGGUGGCCCUCAUCGAGAAGGCCCUGGCCAAGCUGCACGGGUCCUACUUCGCCCUGCAGGCCGGGCGCGCCAUUGAGGGCCUGGCCACCCUGACCGGCGCCCCAUGCGAGAGCCUGAUGCUGCAGGUCAGCUCCACUAACCCCCGCGAGGAGCCAAUUGACACUGACCUCAUCUGGGCCAAAAUGCUGAGUUCUAAGGAGGCUGGGUUUCUCAUGGGCGCCUCGUGCGGAGGGGGCAACAUGAAGGUGGACGACAUGGCCUACGAAGGCAUGGGCCUCCGCCCACGCCACGCCUACUCCGUCCUGGACGUGCGAGACGUCCAGGGCUUCAGGCUGCUCCGCCUUCGGAACCCCUGGGGCCGUUUUUCCUGGCAUGGCAGCUGGUCGGACGAGUGGCCGCACUGGCCGGGGCACCUGCGGCAGGAGCUGAUGCCCCACGGGAGCAGCGAGGGUGUCUUCUGGAUGGAGUACAGCGACUUCAUUAGGUACUUUGAUUCGGUGGACAUCUGCAAGAUCCACUCAGACUGGCACGAGGUGCGGGUGCAGGGCACCUUCCCCAACAAGGCCAGCGGGCCCGUGGUGGUCACUUCCCUGACGGUGCUGGAGCGUGCCGCCCUUGAGUGUGCCCUCUUCCAGGAGGGCAGCCGGCGUUCGGACACGGUGGACAGCCAUCUCCUGGACCUGUGUAUCAUGGUGUUCCGGGCCACUUUCACGAGCGGCAGCCGGCUGUGCCUGGGCCGGCUCCUGGCCCACAGCAAGAGGGCCGUGAAGAAGUUUGUCAACUGUGACGUCAUGCUGGAGCCGGGCGAGUACGCAGUGGUCUGCUGCGCCUUCAACCACUGGAGCCCCAGCCCGCCGGGCCCCUCGCCCGCCCAGUUGCCCAGCCCCACCGGCGGAGGGAGCCGCAGCGCCCCGGAGCCCCCCGGCUACAUCCUGGCCAUCUACAGUUCGCGGCUGGUCAUGGUGGAGCAGAUCGAGGCCCGGCCCACCACUCUGGCUGACGCCAUCAUCCUCCUGACGGAGAACAAGGGAGAGCGCCACGAGGGCCGGGAGGGCAUGACGUGCUACUACCUGACCCACGGCUGGGCGGGGCUGAUCGUGGUGGUGGAGAACCGGCACCCCAAGUCCUAUCUGCACGUGCAGUGCGACUGCACCGACAGCUUUAACGUGGUGUCCACCCGAGGCAGCCUCAAGACCCAGGACAGCGUCCCGCCCUUGCACCGGCAGGUGUUGGUGAUCCUGUCCCAGUUGGAGGGCAACGCCGGCUUCUCCAUCACCCACCGCCUGGCCCACCGCAAAGCCACGCAGCCGUUCCUCAACGACUGGCUGGCCACCAAGGGCACCCACAACCCCCAGCUCACAGUGGAGGUGGCCGGCCUGCACGGCCCUCGGCCUCUAUGACCCCCGUCGCCCUCCCACCCUCCCCGCACCGUUUUCGUCGGCUGUGGUUUCGCCCGGGCCUCGUCUGCUCCGUCGGCCCCCGCCACUCUACAUUCCCCUCCCAAACCCGGGCACCGCAGGCGAACUUUGGCCUGCACCCCACGGCCCCUCGGCCGCUCCAGAUACCAGCCCUUGAUGGAGGUGGCGGGGGACCUAGAACGAUGCUUGAACUGUGGAAAUCUCAGGACCACCGUCCAUCCGUCCGUCUGUCCGGCCCGCCGGCCCCCAGCCGCCUCGUCUCUGCUCUUCUGGCUGGGACACCGGCAUCCUGCUGCUGCCAACCAAAUACCUCGACGCCCGGGAUGGCGCUGGCUCCCCAGCUCAGUGGCUUCUCCCUGGCCCCGCCCAGCCCAGCCCCAGGCAAACCCUCGUGGGCCCCGGCACAGUAGCGAGAGGGAUGUGGGAGCGGAAUUAGCUCCCCCACCCCCGGGGACUCCAGCAAAACCAAAAUUCUCUGGGGGUGGGAUGGGCCUGGGGACCUGGCAGGGAGCCAGGGAAGGGGAGCCCGACCCCGGGGGCAGCAGAACUAUCUGACUAUGGGAACGACAGGUUCCCCCACCCCAGCUGGCACCCCCUGGGUGGCGAGUCGGAAACAGCUGUUGCCCCCGCCCACCCUGUUCCCAGCAGGCCCCAGUCCUGACCCUAGGGGUGGCCCUCUGGUCCUGCCCACUGUCCCGGCUCCCGGGAAGGGCUUGCCCAGCUGCCAUGGGGCUGGGGCCGGGGUGGCCAGGCUUGCCCCCCUUAGGUGUUUGAACCUCUUGGACCGUUGACAAACCUUCCGGCCAAGUGGAGAAAGAUGGUUUCCAAACAAGAGGUGCCCCAGUGGUGGGGGGAAGCACUGUGAAGGCUGAAUUGGGCCCCAGUCUGAGGGCACCCCCUCCCACCUUCUCUCUGGCCGCUGGGAGGUUCCAGUCCAGCCCUCGCCCAGCACGAGACCGUGAUACUAUGCAACUCCCGGAGAGCAGUGCUAGGAUAGAAGCCAUGAGCUUGGCGGUGGGGGCGGAGGGGAGUGGGAAGGGGGGCGGUCAGCCUGGGGUGGGGUCAGAGGGGCCCACCUCUUCCUGAAAGCUCCCAGGUGCCGCAGAGCACGUCCCCACCCCGGGGCUCGUGCUAACUGCAGCCGCCGCAGAGGGGUGCUGAUGUGGAGGGUGAGAAGUGGAGAGGUUAAACCAAGGGUCUGGAUUGAAGGUGGUCCGGGCUGACACCCCCCCACCCGCCCCCCCACCAUUUACACUUGGUCAUCCAGGCCGGAGCUCCAACUUCCGAGUUUCCGGCCUGCGCCACAGGUGCCCAGGGGUGCCAGGACCCUCGUGGCCGGGGGGUGGAGGUGGGGUACCCGGCGAGGGGUGCGGGGCCUGAGUGAGGAGCGUCCACUGACUGUGUGAGCUGGGGGGGAGGGAGCCGGAGCCCCCACUCCUCCCCCACCCCCAGACCCCCCCGCCCUAAGCAGUCCUGAGCCAGGCUCUCGUUGGAACCAUUUAUUUCCCUUUGUCGUUUCGUGUUCGUGUUUUGGGUUUGGGGUUUUUUUUUCAAUUUUUGUUUAAACGUCAAAAAAAUCUCCCUCCGUGCGCGCACACACACAAACACACACUCUCCGGUCUUUUUAUUUCCCCCUCCCACCCCCCCCUUCCGCUCUCUGAGCUGUGAAUAUUUUUAACCCUGUAAAUACUGUCCAGCUCUUCGGAAACAUAGGAUAUUUUGUCAACUGCAAAUCAGAACCACAACCCCUGUACAAUAGCAGUCCUCCCCGGCUGGUUUGCAAACUCAGGCUCCGACGGACCAAAUAAAAGUUUUGUUUUUUAA